AAAAAGAGCACGCACCGUGCAUGCAUGCAUGGCUAUAUAAAUUAUAAACUCUCUCGCUUCAAGUUAAUUAGUUCUUCCACGUUCAUCACUACCACUACACAGAUCGAUCAGGCUAGGGUCCGGCACUCUAAACAGCCCGUCCAGCAGUACUGUAAAUUAAGCAUGGCCACGACUAUUCUUCCAGGCACAGUUGUUCCUGAAGUACUUCUUGGGAAGGAAAAUUAUGACAACUGGAGUGCUUGCAUAAAAAGCUAUUUGUUGGCUCAAGAUCUUUGGGACAUCAUCGAAACAAGCAUGGAACCUCCUAAACCAGGUGAUGAAGUUGAAUUCAAGGCUUGGAGGAAGAAGAAUGCUGCAACUUUACAUGCAAUUCAAAUUUCAUGUGGGAUGGACAUACUAUCUGAGAUCAAGGGUAUUAAUUCUGCCAAAAUUGUGUGGGAUACAUUGGCUGAAACGUAUGAGCAACCCGAACAAGCUGGAGUCAACUUAAGAUUGCCAGAAUCUGGGAGUUCCCGGACCAUUAGUGAAUAUGCGAACUUUUACAAGGCCUUGCUAUAUGGUGAUAUGGGCCGUGCAAGUGAUUUCAUUACGCAGCAUCCCGAUUCGGUGAGGGAAAAAAUUACACAGUUGGGCCGGACGGCUCUUCACGUUGCAGUCCUUGCUGGGCGGGAAGAUAUGGUGAGGUGGUUGGUGGAGGAGAAGAUGUCGAAAGAAGACUUGGAAAUACGAGAUAAUGAAGGUCUGACAGCUCUAGCUCAUACAAUUAUUCGUGGUUACGACCGGCAAAUUGUGGAAUGCAUGAUAGAUAAGAACCCAGAAUUGGUCACCGUUAGAAAUAAUCGGGGAUCAGAUAUUCCAGUUGUCCUGGCUCUUCGUCAUGAGCAAACAGAAUUGGCUAACUAUCUCUUUGAAGUCACUCCGUUUGAAGAGCUACUGCCCGAAAGAGGCCCCCAUGGUGCUACAGCUGUAACCAAAGCUAUGCAUACUGGAAAUUUUGAACUCGCUACGAAAUUAAUCCGGCGUUGUCCACGUUUGGCAUUUACUCUAGACACAGACAAAGUCUCCCCUUUGUCCCUAUUUGUUGGUACGACUUCCCUAUUCGGGGCUGAAUUUCUCAUGACAGCGUCUUGGCAGCAUACUAUAAUCCCCACGAAAAUGAGUUUCUUCCAGAAUAUGCUGCGCCAUCGGCGCGACAACGAUAUGGAGGCCGGAGCAAGCAGCUCCGGUGUCGGCAUGAACGAUGACGAUGAAUCGUCUUUGGAUCCUUUCGAUAUUCCCAUCACCAAGAAUGCCGCAAUAGCGCGUCUCCGCCGCUCGAGGGCAAAGGCCGUUUCAUUUCCUCGUGCGGAUAAUAUUUUUAAAUAUUAUUUGGACACUCAAAAGAAGCGACAAACUGCUGGAACUAACAGAUCAAGACCCCAUGAUCAGGCCGAUUCAAUUGCGAUCCGGUCGAUCCAAAACCAAUACCGACAUCUUCUGUCUGUUAUGUUGGACUCGAUGAGGACUAUGAACGAAUAUCAAAUCGGGAUAGAAAGUGGUCUUGCGCAAGCAAUCUUCAGUGCUGUGAGACUAGGGAUCGUUGGCUUUGUUACUUUAAUUGCCAAGGAAAACAGAGAGGUUUUGUACUGGGUCCGAGAUGGCGAAAGAAGAAACGUACUUAUGUCUGCUGUCCGACAUCGACAGGCUAAAAUCUUUGGAAUAAUAUACGGUUUAAGAGAGACGAAAGCUACAUUACUAUCAGCUCGAGAUCAUCUCGGCAAUAACAUAUUACAUGUAGCUGGGACGUUAACAGAAUUCUCUCCGCCUGAUCACAUCACAGGUACUGCAGCUUUGAAGAUGCAAAGAGAAUUACAGUGGUUCAAGGGGGUGGAGAAGUUGUGCAAUCCCAUGUAUAGGAACGAAAGAAACUUCGCCGGUUUGACUCCUGAACAAGUGUUCACGCAGACCCACAAAAAGUUGAUUGAAGAGGGAGAGCGAUGGACGAAGGACACGGCAAGUUCUUGUACAGUGGAGGUGGAGAGCCUUUGCAAUCCAACGAUUACAACCUUUAUGAACGCAGAUGGUUUGACUCCUAGACAAUUGUUUACAAAGACCCACAAGGACUUGAUGAAAGAAGGAGAGCGAUGGAUGAAGGACACAUCAACUUCUUGUACGGUAGUAGGUGCUCUCAUUAUCACUAUUAUGUUUGUAGCAGUAUUUACGGUUCCAAGUGGUAAUAACCAAGAUACAGGCUUGCCAAUAUUCGUACAUGAUAACUUGUUUAAGAUCUUUAUAAUAACUGAUUCCCUGUCGCUUUUUUCUUCCUCGGCUUCAGUAUUGAUGUUUUUGGCGAUCCUCACAUCACGAUACGUUGAAGAAGAUUUUCUCAAAUCCUUGCCUAAAAGAAUGAUAAUAGGCAUUUGCACCAUCUUCUUCUCUAUUGCAACUAUGAUGAUAGUCUUUUCUACUGCUCUUGUAUACUUAGAGUUUGUACCUAGUGUUACUAAAAAAAAAUCAUAA